GAGAUUUAAGCAACGAAAGAUACUUAAGGAAAAGACUUAAUAGUGUUGAAGCCUCCUGUUUAUGGUUCUGUCCACCAGUUCGGGUCUCUUCGAUGAGGCGAAAGGUUUUCACAAGAGAAGCGCACAAAAUACAAGGGAGGGAGGAAGAAAGCAACAAUGGGAGCCUCGCAAAGCAAGCUCAGCGAUGAGUCCAAGGAGAUUCUGUCCAAGAUGGACAAGGUGACGCAAACCAUGAUGAGUGCGGCGCCAGAGAAAGCCAUUCAAGCAAACGAAAAUCCGCCACCAGAUACUUGCAUCCAAACGGAUAAGGUGGAUCUUGGUUGGGUCAAGAAUCAGGGAUGGUUUGGUGGUGGUUCUGCAAGUAGUAGUAGUACUGCUAGUGCCGAUGAUGACAAUGACAGGGAGUUGUCCGCCUUUCAAAAGGAGGAAUGGGCCAAGGUUUCCAUCCCGGAAGAGGUCUUUCAGGUUUCCAAGAGCUUUACAGCACAUAUACUGCGAAGUGACGACAACUUUGGCGACUACACCACAUUGGAAGAACUCACCAAUGGAUGGCUGCGAAACACGUGGAUCUUUCCAUUUGAAGAUGUUCCACUCUUUACACCCUCACGAUUGGCGGAAGGAUUGGCCGAACAAUUGGAAUUUGUCCAAGGCCGGGCACUCCCUGUCAGCUACACCAACGAUUUUGACACUAUUUCGGACGAAUCCUUUUCGCGAUUCUUCUUUUACGGUAUGGGGGCCGUCUUGUUGGAGAAACAGCAACAACAAUCUGCAUCACCCUCCCAGAAAGAACAACUGGGACCCUUUGUCGUCGACAUGAACUUGUCACAUACCAAAAUGCGAGAAGGAUUCCGUCCCUUGGCAUCGCGCGUGCAUUUCAGUAAAGAUCAAACCGUCACGGCAAUUUAUGAUUAUAGUGAAGAAACAAUCUACAAACCGGGGGAGGCGGGCUGGGAGGCCGCCAAGUUUUGUGCUCGAUGUGCGGCAUUUACAUUGAUUACCGUGCGAGAACACUUGACAUGGUCCCACAUUGUACUGUCCAAUUCCGUGACACGGGGUAAAACGUUGCACUUACCACCCAAUCAUCCCAUUCGACGGCUCUUGACCGUAUUUACCUUUCGGACCACGGAAGUCAACACGGCUGCCUUUGAUGUGCUGGUACCGGAGAAUUGUGUGUUGCAUCGGGGGUUGGGGUACGACUACACGGCCAUGGUGGACUUGUUUGAGCAUUCCUAUACCAGCUGCAAUGUCUUUGAACCAUUUCCAAAACGCAAAUUGUUGCCAGAGCUGGAAGAACUCGCUCAAGCAGGCAAAUUCCCCUAUUGGACACAAGGCAAAGCAUAUUACGAAAUUGUGCAGGCAUUUGUCACGGAAUGGAUGGAACAGGCAGAAGCAUCUGCCUCAGGGAGUACCACUGAUGAUCAUGCCAAGGCAUUCUAUGAAAGUAUUCAAACUAUGAAUCAGGGACAACAAUACACAAUACCCGACUAUUCGGAUUCCGAGUCGUCUGCCAUGGUCGAUUUGCUGACGCAGUUUAUCUGGACCGUCACUGCCUACCAUGAACUCGUCGGGAAUGUUGUCGAUGUCACCUUGAAGCCGGAUCGGUGUGGAAUACGCUGUGUGCCAGGGCAAACUCGGGUCGAUGUACAAGCCUACUUGAUUGCCCUCACCAUAUCUUCCAGCACCAGUGUGCGCAUGCCAGAACUCAUGAGCCGGUUUGAAAACUUUUUUGGGGCUGGCGGGGCACCGGGGUACGAGCGAGAUGUGUGGGAGCAUUUUCAAUCCAGACUGAAAGAACAGUCGCUGCGGGUGCAAGAGGAAGACGAAAAGAGGGACGUCGAAUUCAAGUAUUUUGAUCCGGUCCGCUUUGAGUGCUCGGUAUCUGUGUAG